UUCUGUUUCGUCUACGCCGGCUGCACGUUUUUCCCGAAUUUUCACCGACAUAAACAAAUGCUAUUUAUAUAGCCAAUUGACCAAACAAGAGUGGCGAACAAAGUGAGGCAGUAAAAUGCUUUGUUUUAUUCGGCCGUCGCAGAAGUUUCCCGGUUUCGAGUGCGUGUGGCUGUGGAUGUUGGCCAAAAAUGAGGCUGCGGCCAAUUAAUUCAAAGAAGCAGCCGAAGAGGAAGCACACGAUUUAUUAAGCAAUCCGCUGUUGCCAAGAAAUCAAGAAAUCCCAAAUGGGUAACGACUUUAUGCAAACCUUUAGACACAUCGCUCAGCCGAAGGAUCGGUCGGAUAUCUUUAAAAUCCCGAAGUAGGACAUUCCUUGCUAUUUGGCGACUUCUUCGUAAACUAUAAAUUCCAUUGCAAAUUAUAAAUAUUUUUGCAACGAAAUAAAGUGUAUUGGUGGAAAGAGGAAUAUUGCUAAAAAGAGUUAUUGAUAACAGUUUUUUAUCAAGGCAAUUCAAAAACGAAACCUUAUUAAAUUCUUGUAUUGUCACAAGUUGGAAAGACAACAGCCACACCCGGAAAAGAUACUAAAUAAUAGAUAUGUACAAGAUUCAAGAGGGGGCAAUGCCAAGAAUGCGGCGACUAAUGGGAUCAGAACUUGUAAACAACCAUUACGAUCUGAUUAACUUGAUGUUGUAGAUGCAGCCACAAUUAAUUUGCACAACAAUGGACUGAUGCGAACAGUUGUCGGCCGAUGUCUGCCAAAAAAAAAAGGAAAACAAAAUAAAGCAAAAAAGGAAGGGCAACAUCAUCAGCAUAAGCUACAACAAUUGCCAGAGCAAGAGGCACAAAUUGCUAGUAUCCCAGCAGCAACUACAACAACAACAGCAACAUAAGCAUGCCACUGUGGCUGCAGCGGCCCGGUCAUAUCAACAACAUUUCGGCUAGAAUUGAGCAAUUUGCCAGUGUUGCGGCGGCCGCGGCGUAUACGUAAUAUUAAAAAUAGGUGAUAGUGCCCCAGGCUACAGGCUGCAACAGGAUGAAUAAGCGGAACGUAAUUAUAGCAGGCAUCGUGGCCAGUCUCCUAGGACUGGUCUUGGGUGUAAACUUUUAUUUCAUGUACUAUCUGAGUGCCGAGGAGGGUCAUUUGGCCAGCGUGCGAGCGCUGGAGAACAUGAUCCGACACAAAAUGCGGCACCUGAAGCCCGCCUACCUCAAUCGUAAUCCCCGCUUCUUCAUGUUCCGGAAUAAGCUGCUCAAGAACUACAAGGCGGCGCCAUACGAGAAUGCCAGCGUCCUCUGGGACAUUGCCAAUUGGUGGCCGCAAGAGAACGAGGUGUAUCCUCUGUACGACUCCUCGAUGGGUCAGCUUUUGGAAACGUUGCGCCGCGAGCCGAUCACACGAGUAAGCAACCUGGCGCGAGGCACACAGCUAAAGCUUCUGGUGCGACUGGCUCAGCAGCAAAAGGUGAUCUUCAAGCCGCAGUGGUAUCCGAGGGAUGAGGUAAUCGAGGGAAUGGUGUACAGUGGCAAGGAUCGGCACACGGCUGAGGUGUAUGCCUUCUAUCUGGGCGCCGUACUCGACCUGCGAUGGACUCCCAUCGUUGUGGGUCGAGUUGUGAACCUAAAGAGGGAGAUCUAUGCCAACGGAGACCCAGAAUUGCAGCAAACCAUCAGCAUAGAAACGGACGAGGAUGGCAAGGAGAGAUAUUGCUUGUACGGAAAGUGUCACUACUGCAAUGAAGAGGAGACUGUCUGCGGCGACGACAGGCACAACAUCGAAGGCGUACUUAUUCACAUUGUGCCGGGAACGUUGGCCAAGCGGCGAUCUCCUUGGCAGCGUACCUACAAAGACGACAAGCGGGCGCCUUGGGAGGAUGAUAUGACCUAUUGCAAGUCUCUAAAGAACAAAAUGGAGACUAUCCGCCUGUUGGAUCUCAUAGAUGUGGCCAUCUUUGACUAUCUGAUUCAGAAUGGUGAUCGCCACCACUACGAGACGCGAGAAGAGCGCGUGGUUCUCAUCGACAAUGGCAAGGCCUUUGGUAAUCCGAACAAGGACCAUUUGGAUAUCCUGGCGCCCCUCUACCAAUGCUGCCUCCUGCGAAAGUCUACAUGGGAUCGCCUUCAGGUCUUCUCGGGCGGCGUGUUGACUGAAAUUGUCGAUCGGCUGUCAAAACAAGAUGCACUGUAUCCCUUAAUAACGGAAAAGCAUAAAAAGGGAAUUGAACGAAGGCUCCUGGUUGUGUAUGCGGUUGUGGAGCACUGUAUGGACAUUGAGGGCGAAAAAAUGUUCAAAACUCUUUAAGAUUCCCCAAAAGGAUCAGGCUGAAACUAGAGCCAAAAGGAUAGGAUCUUCCUGUUCUCACUUUCCACAUCCUAUUUAGGAAGUUAGCUAAAGUUAGAUAGAGAAACUAAUCCAAUAAUAUUAGUUAAUUUUCUUUUUUUUAUGGCUGUCACCGUUUAGAUCUUUCCCUUUAGUUUAAAUACGUUUUCUUUGCCUCCUUAUAGAACUUAAUUAGUUUUUAAGGUUUGACAGAACAUAUCGAUAUAUUGCUGCUGUAUCAAUAUAUGUCGUGAAAGUUGAUGUGUAAAUUAAUAUUUUCAAAAUAUAAGGUGCAAAUCGACGAUAUUUUUGGUAAGAUAGUGAGAGCUAUUUUAGUCGAUAUAUAAUGUAGAUGCAUCCAUACGUCUUAAUGGUAAACUUUUUCCCCAUAUAUAUGAAAUAAUUAAAAAGUUAAGACAGCG